ACUUAUUAAGACGGUUGGACGAGUCGACAUGUCAAAGCCCAUAAUUAUUCACCCGGAAAUGUAUACUUUUGUUUUGUAAAUACAGUACGUAAGUACUUAGAUUAUAACAUAUAAGAUUCAGACAUGCCUUGGUUGUUCAGCUUACUUAAGCCACGUAGGGACUAUGAAAUAUAAAAUCAAUAUCAGUGAAUUUUGUGAUUGUAGGGGAAAUAAUGAAGGCGUAUCAUAAUGAUUGAGUUUGAAAUUGAACACGAGGAAAGGCCAAGACACCGACUGGAAAUAAAGAAAAGGGGACACUUGGACAACAUUAGAGAGGGACCUUAUAUAACACACAACGUAUUGAUAACGCAUGCUGAUUUCCUGAAGUCUACCAACAAAGACAAAGACUUAACAUUGUACAGAAUAUUUCCCACCGGUGGCGGAUAUAACUAUAUUGGGGAUAUUGUUGCCUUGGUAACGUGGUACUUUGUGGUAGUCUUCAUUGUUGCUUCAAUACCCAUAGCAUGUUACUGUGAGAAUAAAGUCAUAAACAUAGCUAAUGCUAUCGUCCUCUGUAUCAUCCUCAUAUAUCAUAUAAUUGCUCUCUAUGCUGUGACGAAAAAUAGGAAAAAGUUCCGAAGAGCUUGGUUUGUAACUGAGACGUCAGCAGAGAAAUACAUGGGAUUACAAAACUAUUUCGUGGACGUGUCUAUAGACAAUGCUCUAGAACUUCAUUUUGUGAACAAUGGCCAAAGACAGAAAAUUAUUACAAUGUUGUCUAACAAACAAGUGCGCAGUAUGCUGCUAAUGUUAUGUACGAAAUCCUACUGGAGAAGCCGAGUUGUAGACCCAAUCAUAUGCUUGUCUGUGACGUCAUGUAUAUGUUUAAUUGGAAUGUUUGUACAAAUUAUUACAUUGAGAGUUUUGGGAACGUAGCUUGACUUGAGUUCGCUAUAGAUUAUAAACCAAUACUGAGUAAUAAAUUUCAUGCAGAACUGAAAUAUAUAUACAAGGCUUAAACCAACAAAAACUCUGUCAUCACCUUUGUGAUCGAUACAAAUAUUGCAUGGCCUUUGACACUUGCAUGAUCUGGUAUGCUUCAUUUUACAUUAUUUAUUUUUGUAAACGAAUUGAUACACUGGUUUCAAAUGUCAAAUGAUAUUUGUAACUUUAUUUAGUAACGUUAAUAUGUUGAAAUUACAGAAUGAUAUUUGCUAGAAUAGAAAUGCACAUAUUUGUUCACUUGAUAGUCAACAAACAACUUGAUGUCCGUUUAACACAAAGUUUAUUCUGUGCAGUAUUAUAUUUCUCCAGAACUGGUUAAUAAUUGUAUAGUGGUAGUGUAUCGAAGAACCACUGACAGUAUAAUAUUGGUCAAACGCAAAUCAAUUAAUAUGAAGUGUUUAGAAUUCUGAAAUAAAACGCCCAAAACAAUCUUGCCAAAUUUUACCGGUGUUUCAAAUUAUUUACCAUUCAGCUAGCAUCAUCUGCCUUUUUUUAUGUUUAAAGUAUAACUUAACAUUUUAGGAGUAUUAUAUGAUGUUAAUCACACUAUGUUUGAUUGUAGCUAUUAUUAUGCCAAGCAUACUUUUGUAAUUUAACCUGUAUAUAAUGGUUGUAAUCUGUAUGUAAGGAUGACUAGACUAUUUAACGUCCAGUGGCACAUAUUGUAUACUUAUUAAGAACGAGAAGAUGUUAUAAACUUUCGUGGUACUUGACCUAAAGCCUUAGUCGUGUUUUACGUACUAGUUCACUAGGUUAGAUCAGGUUAUAGUUCACAGCCCUUCGAAUUCGUGCAUUCAAGGCACUUAUACAACAAUACCAUCGAGGUGAUUCAAUACAUAAGUUUAGGAAACUUGUGUCUGAUCCUUUUUGAGCAAGUAAAGUCAAUUAUCUUUAUGGUGAUUUUACUUGAUGUUGUCCGAUAUUGAGGGAAAUUUGGAUUUUGCCAUUUGAUAAAGGACUUUCCGUUUUGAAUUUUCCUUGGAGUUCGGUAUUUUUGUUAUUUUACUUUUUAUUUUGGUACGUGAUUCGGUUUCAUUCAGUUUAACUUGGCACUUUAUUUGGCAUAUUAACUUUUUUGAUUCGAGCGUCACUGAUGAGUCUUUUGUAGACAAAACACACGUCAUGCGUACACAAUUAUAAGCCUUGUAACUUUGAUGAUUUUUUUUAUCUAUGUGUAAUAUAUCUAUGUGUAAUAUAUCUAUGUGUAAUAUAUCUAUGUGUAAUAUAUCGAACAACGUGACUAAAAACAUUAACGUUAGGUUUUUCUACAACUGUUAUUGUACAGUAGUCCAUGUUUACACUUAUUUUAAACAGAAUUGUGUUAUCUUAUUUUUGAAAAUAGUUUGUCAUAUCUUUAUUAUAUUUAUAAUUUUUCAGUUCAACUGAUUGAUAGAAAGACAAAUUUCAUAUGUGAUAAUGUAUUCAUCUUUUAAAAGACAUUUUUAUGUACGUUAUUUUUUUAUCAUUGUAUAUCACGUCGAUGCAGUUGAACAAUAUAAAUGAUUUGUUAUAAACCAAAGACAGCUAUGUUAUUCUGUAUGCAUGUGGCAUGUUACUUACAUACUCUGUAUGCUCCACGCAAAUGUCAUUAAUACCAGUGGGAAAUUUAGUGGCAAAAAAUUACCUCCCCUAUACAAACACUGAAAACUUGAUCUCUUCAAAUUUUUGCACGUUCUCCAUAAGGACGAUAUUGAUUAUAUAUUCUCACGAAAACGUUCUGGUAAAUAGUAAUAAUAAAUUGAAAUUGAAAUAAAAAAAAAAUGACCAUAUAAUGUUACCAUUUCCCUCUUAAUAUAGCAACGAUGAGAAAAGCAGGCUGUAGUAGUUUUGUGUAAAAGUGGUUUGAAAUGUUUCUACAAAGGCGAAUAAAUUGCUAGUGUACCAA